GGCUAAGAUCUGGUGGUCUUCCCUCGGCGACAAAAAGCAAAAAAUGGAUUGAUAAAGUGGAUCUAUCAGUCGCGCUACGGGAUGUGUUGAUAAACGAAGGGAUAGAAAAUAAUGGCGUAAAACCGAACAAGUUUCACAAUCUCUUCACUCUCGGCGUUCAUACGUUUAAUUAUAAUUAUAACGUAUACGGAUUAGAUUGGAAAGCAAGAGGCGUUUGGCGUUUAGGUCUACUUCAGAAGCUCAAGUUACCUUCAUCAAUUGAUAAUUUGCUAGUUAUAGAGAAACUGAUCAUAUCUUUGAUGCGCGUUGAGGAAACUUUGCAUCGUAUACGGAAAAUUCGUCACGAAAUAUUAAUCGAUAAAGCAAGAUUAUAUCGAACCCGACGAUCAUCAUCAUGUCCAAUGAGUUAUUCCAUUUGUGAACACGGUCGCAUAACUCGUACAAGAAGGGCAAAAGAGUAA